UAACUUCCGGUAUUUGCAAACGAUAACGAUACUACUAAUAGUAGGUAGUAUUUACGCCGUUUUGAAUAAGUUGGCCAUUUUUUCAUGACAGCUGAAUGCCCUGUUUUGCAAGGAGGAGCUCUAUAACAUAUACAUAAGCGUCUAUGCUUAUGUAUAGAGGUUCCUAUUGCUAGUAAUUUUUUACAAUUUAUUAUUUGUUUAAUUAUUUCUGUUAAUAUAUCCAUUGUAUAACAAUGAAAAAAGAGAGCGAAGAAAAAAUAAGUGUUCUUCGUCUUUCACGGAAGCAGUACGGUGAGUCAAGCCUGCCCGGAAAUUCAAGAAGAACACACGGACAUGGUCUAGAUAAACGUCUGCCUUUUUCAACAAGCUUCAAUCUACAAUGGACGAUCGUGUGUUAGACUUGACAGAGGCACAAGAAGCUGUCAAAUCCAAAUACCCGCCGAUCAACAAGAAAUAUGAAUACCUGGAUCACACAGCAGAUGUACAAAUUCACUCUUGGGGAGACUCUUUGGAGGAAGCCUUUGAGCAGUGUGCCAUGGGCAUGUUCGGCUACAUGACGGACACAGAGACGGUGGAACCGAUAGAUACAGUUGAAGUGGAAUCGGAGGGUGAAGACAUGGAGUCGCUUCUCUUCCACUUCCUAGAUGAUUGGUUAUACAAGUUUAGUGCAGAUCUUUUCUUUAUUCCCAGGGAGGUCAAAGUUUUACAUAUUGACAGAAUGCGUUUCAAGAUUCGCUCCAUUGGGUGGGGCGAAGAAUUUUCUCUGGAAAAGCACCCACAGGUAAGCCAGACAAAGAAGUAA